ACGCCUCGCUGAAAUAUUCUUUGCAGAUCUCUGCUGGUCGAUCGCCGCGCAAUUCCAUCUCAGUCUCGAUUCGGAACUACACCGCGCAUCAACAUGACAGCUGCGAAAUUGAUAUUUGUUACUGCCCUGGUGGCUGUUUUGGCCACCAGCUGCUCAGCUGGUUUACUGGACUAUGUGUUCCCCUCCAUAGUCACGGAAUUCUACCAGCAGGCGCCCACUAAGGAGGGUUAUCGCUUCGAAUUGAAGGAUCCCAAUGGCAGCAGUCGGGAGGAAAUUGGUGUCAUUAUGAACCCAGGCACAGCCGAGGAACAGCUCGUUGUUAUGGGUACCUACUCGACGUACGAUGAGAAGACCGAUACGGAUACCAUUACCAUGUACACAGCUGAUAAGGAUGGCUAUAAGACGCGCUAUCAGAUUAAGAACCGUAAGCUGAGCCCUGGAUCUCUCAAGUCAGCAGCUGGUUAGGAAUGCGUGUAAAUAUUUUUAUUUAUAUAUAUAAAG